CAAAGAGCAAAUCACUGGACAAGCUUUCGAGCACAUGAGGACUCCAACUCCCAGCAUCCCUCUGGGGCCACGCAUGCGCGCUGCGUGUGGAACGCUGGCCGGGGAGGUCCGCUUGGCUCCGCCACCUGCGUGCGUGCGGCCUAGUGACGGCGAUGGGGCUGAGACGGGCGCUGGGCCUCGGGGCUCGGUUAGGCCGGGUCCUCCUGCGGGGAUGGCUCGCGGGGCCUCCCCACCACACCGCCGCGUCCCCGCCCGCCUCCUGCUUUUCCGCCGCCCCGUCCGCGCGGCCCCCGGGGCUGCUCCUCCUGCGCCUGGCCGCGGCCCGGCUGGGCCUCCGCAGCGUCCCUCUCCGGCGCCUCCCGCCGGCCCCGCGGCGGCUGGGGUUGGGGCUGGGGCUGGGGCUGGGGCUGCUGGAGCUCGCGGCGGCCGAGGAGGAGAGGCGCGCCGCCGCGGCCUGCAGGGACAUCCAGACAAUCUUUCUCCCGAGGAACAAGCCCCCGAAGGAGACCCUGGGAUUAGUAGCCCAGCGAGGCUUCAGACUGGAGGAGUAUUUCAUCGGCCAGUCGAUCGGCAAAGGCUGCAGCGGGGCUGUGUAUGAAGCGGCUGCUCCUGCCACCCCCACCGGGGACAGAGAUCUGGUGCCCGAACGGAGGGAUGGUGGUGGGGGUGCUUCGGACACCCAGGGUGUGGUCGAGGCCGAGGGCUGGAAGGAAGAGUUCCCACUGGCUAUCAAAAUGAUGUGGAAUAUUUCGGCUGGUUCUUCAAGUGAAGGCAUCCUGGCCACCAUGUCUCAAGAACUGGUCCCAGCCAGCGGACGGGCCCUUUCUGGAGAAUUUGGAGCAGUUGCCAGACCCAGGAAGUGCCUCUUUGGGAAGAAGUGGCUGAAGCCUCACCCCAACAUCAUCCAGGUGAUCCGGGCUUUCACCUCUCAGGUCCCGCUGCUGCCGGGCGCCACGGUGGACUAUCCGGACGUCCUGCCUUCCACCCUGAACCCCUCCGGCAUUGGGCACAGCCGCACCCUCUUCCUGGUGAUGAAGAACUACCCAUGCACGCUGCGGCAGUUCCUCCUGGCCGAGGGGCGCCCGGAGCCCCGUGUGGGGGCCGUGAUGAUCCUGCAGUUGCUGGAAGGGGUGGAUCACCUCGUCCGACAGGGAGUCGCCCACCGAGACCUGAAGUCAGACAACAUCCUGGUGGAGUUGGACUCGGCAGGGUGCCCAGGGCUAGUCAUCACCGACUUCGGGUGCUGUUUGGCCGACGAAACGCUGGGCCUGAAGCUGCCCUUCCCCAGCUGGUAUGUGGAUCGUGGAGGCAACACCUGCCUGAUGGCGCCUGAGGUGGCCACGGCCAUGCCAGGCCCAGGCGUGGUGAUCGAUUACAGCAAGGCGGACGUCUGGGCCGUGGGCGCCCUGGCCUACGAGAUUCUGGGGCCCGGGAACCCCUUCUACGGCCAAGGGGGCCCCGCCCUGGACAGCCGCACCUACCAGGAGGAAGAGCUGCCCCCCUUGCCCAGCCCGGCAGCCCCGGAAGUGAAGGAGCUGGUGGCCAGGCUCCUGCAGCGGAGCCCAGCCCAGAGGCCCCCGGCCCGAGUGGCAGCCAACGUCCUCCACCUGAGCCUCUGGGGUGAGGCGGCUCUCGGCCAGGCGGGUGGCCUCCCUCUCCCGCGGCUGCUGCCCUGGCUGCUUCAAGAGUCGGCCGCGGCCUUAAUGACCGACCGGCUGGGCGGCACCCGAAGGGUGGAGUCCCGCUUGAAGAGGGGCUUCCUGGCCAGCCUGGACUACGAGGACCUCUGUGAGGCAGUGGCCCUGCUCUGCUCCUGGAGGGGGGCAGCCAGGCCUGCCCCCCAGUAGAAGCGCCCCUCCCCUCGUGGACCCCGUGGGGGAGGCGGCUUCCGGGGGGAGAGGAGGUUCCGCAAUGGGGAUGGGCGUUUUCUCCCCAAGGCUUCAUCAAGCUGGCGACAGGGCACGAGGAGGCUGUGGCCUCCUUGGAGGGAGACCCUGGCUGCUGGCUCCCCCCGCACGACUUCCCGGGUUUCCCACUUGGUACGAGUCGCCUUUGAGAAGGGUGGCUUUGAGUUGCAGGUCCUUUAAGCUCCUCUUUGCUUUUGCCUGUUUGGCCACGUAGGGAAGUUGCCCAACCAAAGGAAAAUUGCCUAGAACCCCUCCUUUCAUUCCGUGACCUAGAACCCCAAAGGGGAGGAUGAGUAGAAACCAGGUGAGAGAAAUACCAUCCUCACCUGCUUCGUUGUGGUUCUCUUCGGGUUGUUUUUUCCGGUCAAAAGGGGUCUCAUCAGCGGCGUAGUUUCUUAGUGGUAGAACUGCCUGUUGGGUCGUGCAAAUAAAUCACAUUCACGUUUG